UUCAUUCAAGAAAAAAAUGGAAAUCAAGAAAUAUUUCAAGAAAAAAGUGGAAGAUCAUCAAGCAUGGACUUACUCAGACUUUUGCGAAUCUUCGGGGGCGGGGGGAAGGGAGGCCCCUUCUUGAUGGGCCCACUCUAAUAGUUUGGAUGGCACUGGGUUAGAACUUGUCAAGUAAUAAUAAUGCUUAUUACAACUGUUCAACAGCACCAUGCACUGAACCUGCAUUUCUCAGAACAAGAUUGUUAAUUUACCCCAAAUCGUGCAUUGGUAAGGUUGUGGUUCAAACCCAUAUCUGCAUGGAACAGGAUUGACACUGCCACCCAAACACUUUUAAUUUGAAAAAUCACAUUAGCUUAUUCAUGAACAACCUCUUCGAAGUUACUGUGACGAACAAGAGGAAGUGGCGGAGAUAGAAGAUGUUUAAUAAGUUCUUUGUAAUUUCUGCAAAGGGUUCAGGUGAUGUGAAAACUUCCGUGAUUGAGACAAUUUGCAUUUCAGAUGCAGCAAUUGAGAUGAGUUAUCUGAAACUGAACUGUACAUGCCAAAUAUUGUAGGAACCAGGAAGAAAAACUAACAAUACAUAGUUGCUUGGAUGAGAGGGUUAAGUAUAUGUUUAUGUAUACCUUAUAAAUGUCAAAUCUAAGUUCGGAAACUUGUGACCCAUGCAGUUUAGCUUUCAGUGUAAGGAAGUAGUUGGACAUUGUUUUCAAAGCAUUAUUAACGACAGAUAGAUGGAUGGAUGGGGGUGAGUGUGUAGGGGGGAGGGAAGUAAACCUUUUUUCUACACUUGCAGAAUUGGGCGUGUUAGGAUGAAAGUUAUUUUAAAAAAUCUGGUCGAGCAAGUUGCUCCUGCAAUCAGGGCAGUUCCCUGCAGCAAGUGAACACUCACUCUACCUGAGGGAGAGAACUUGUCAGGAUUAAAACAGGCUGCAGAGAUCUGGGAGAAAGCCGAAGUUAAAUUGGGAAUGGCUUGGAGGAAUAACUUUUGAAGAAAGGACAGGUCUGAGAAGUGAGCAACUUCCAGCAUGUCUUUGACCGUAACUUUGAAGAAAAUUACCAACCUUGUUGGGAAAUAUGACCGAGAUAUUAAGCUCAUAUUCAGAGGCUUUACUCACACCAUCAGGAAGGCACAAUGUGAAUUUGAGGCUGUUUUCAAUCAGGAUUUCCGCUGGCCUCACUAUGGACGAAAUAUUGUGGAGGAGACGUUGGAGAUCAAAGUGUAUAACUGCAGCAAGUUAUUCAGCAACAGGCUGCUUGGCUCUUUAGUGAUCAGCCUUCAACAAGUGAUCAAAACAGGCCGAUUAAUCCUGAGGGAAGCCCUGGUGGACAAGAACAACUCUUUGACAGAGAUAUUGGUGGAAUUGGAAAUUCGAUACCAACCAGUAGAGGGGUCUGUGGGGGAAUGGAUGGAAGAUGAUUUUAUAGUUGAUAUAAGUGAUAGAGACGUCUUGAUUAUCCAGAACCACGGUUUCAUAUCCUCUGACAGUUCUGAUUCUCAGCAAUUGGAUAAGAAGACUCGGGCUCUAGGGCGGAAGCUGGUGAAGGAGGAUGAUAUUGAGGAUGAUAGUGACGAGGAUGUGGACAUCAGUGAAGUGGAUAUUAGCAAUGUCACAUUUGUACCUCAGCAAAGUCGUUGCAGGUUCUUCCCCAAAGCUGAGUUGGAGGCACCCAGAAUCCAGAACUUCCAGAUUCAGGUCAACAUUUAUCAGGCACGAAAAUUAAUCGGUGUGAACAUUGACCCUGUUGUCUAUGUGAAGGUGGGAGAAGAAAAGAAACACACGUUGACACAAAAGUCCACCAAUUGUCCGUUUUACAACGAGUACUUUGUCUUUGAGUUCCAAGAGCCAGCAGCAAUUUUAUUUGAUAAAAUUAUUGAAAUUACAGUGGUUCACACGAAAAGAAUCCCAUUCACUGGAACCCAGAUAGGAACAUUCAAGAUCGAUGCUGGGACAGUUCAUGAUCAGCCUGAUCACAGGUUCUUUCAGAAAUGGGCCACACUGACCGAUCCAAAAGACACCAAAGCCGGGAUCAAAGGCUUUGUGAAGUGCUCUAUUGCUGUGAUGAGCAAAGGAGACACACAGAGGGCAGUGUCCAGCCUCCUCUCUGAUGAGAAUGAAGACAUUGAAAAGAAUCUCUUGCUUCCCAAGCGACUGCCUAAGGAAAUCGAGAGACCCUGGGCAAAGUUCUACAUUCGGAUUUACAAAGCAGAGGAUCUUCCCAACAUGAACUCUGGAAUCAUGGGGAGUUUUUCCAAAAUUAUAGGAGAGAACAAGAUUUUCAUUGAUCCCUAUGUGCAGGUCACAUUUGCAGGACAGCAGGGGGAGACGUCAGUAGAGAAUAACACAACCACGCCCAUCUGGAACGAGCAAAUCUCUUUCAUCGAAAUGUUCCCUUCCUAUGCUCGGCGAAUCAAAAUUCAGGUCAUCGAUGAUGCCAACAUUAACGACGUUGCUAUAGCAACUCACUUCAUCAACCUGGAGCAGAUAUCAGACUGUGGCAAAAACGUGGGAUUCCACCCCACGUUUGGCCCAGCUUGGGUGCCUCUCUACGGGUCACCCCAGAACUCUGUCCUGCGGGAUGCUCACAUGAACCUGAACGAAGGACUGGGGGAUGGCAUCUUUUAUAGGGGCCGCAUCCUGAUGGCCAUCUCGGUGGAUGUGUUCAGCUCUAUCUCGGCCGUGCAGAGCAAGACAGAGGAGAAGAAGAAGAAUAAGAACCCCUUCAGCCGCCUUAACAAGAAAAAGAAGAGCAAGAAAUCCAAGUCCAAGGCAAAAGAGGAGAGGAAUGCGCUGAACGAGGAGGAGGACGGGAGCAACCCUCAAGAGCAGCCCAAUGUGGUGGAGGUGGAGGUGGAGGAAAUCCACCCACUCCCCGAGGGGAUGGCAGGUCAAAAGGAAGAAUUCCUUUUAUUUGGAUCAUUUUUUGAAGCCACCAUGAUUGACCCCAGUGUGGGUUCCCGUCUUCUAACCUUUGAAGUGUCUAUAGGUAACUAUGGCAAAUUGGUAGAGGUUGUGAGCAAAAAGAAGAAAGGUAAGGCAGAGGACAGUGAGGAGAAAAAAUCUUUGCUGGAGGCACAGGAGUCCGAGGAUGAGCUGGAGAACGUGGAAGUGAGCGCCCCUCUGAAGUACAAGUCAGUGACUCCACCCAAGAAAGCCGAAAGCACUGAGUUCGAGAGGUGUUACAGCUGUAUUCCCUUUCUGUACGAGAAGCCAUGUGUGUAUGUGUGGAGCUCCUGGGAGGACUAUACCUGGCGUCUGUACAACUCCAAUAUCCUGGCAAAAAUAGCAGAGAGACUGGAGGAUGGUCUGGAUGAGGUGGAACACUUACUGAAGAGACCCAAGUCGGAGGCGCAGGAGUUACUUAAAAGUGUUUUGGAGGGAUUUGUCGCCGGCUGCAGGCAGUACCAUAUCCUCGCUGAGAAGAAAACCCUGUCUAAACCAAACAACCUGGACAGAAGCCGAAAUAAUUCCCUGAAGUUUAAUAGCCUUGCCUAUGGGAAGCAGGCGCUGAGGAUCAGUAAAACGUUAAACAAGAAUGUAAAGGAGCAGCUGAAUGAGGCCAGGAAAGUGCUGAAGAAAAUUAAAUCUCGGGUCGAGGAGCCUCAACCUCCGAUCGCUGAUGUAUUCAUCUGGAUGUUGAGCAACGGGAAACGUGUGGCGUACACCCGUAUUCCUGCUCGGCAGAUCCUGUACUCCAUUGUGGAGGAGGAGAAAGGAAAAGACUGUGGGAAAAUUCAGUCCGUCUAUCUGAAGGUUCCUGGAGCACCGAUUGGAGAGAUUUUUGCCAAGCUGGAGAUUUACAUGUGGCUGGGCAUAACGAAGUAUGUCAAAAACAACAUCAGCAGCCUGCCUCAGGAGUUCAUCCCAGUGUAUGAGGAAUCCACCAAUAUGCCUCUGACAUUGCCACCGAUCAAACUAACCAGUGACUACAACAGCUACUUCCAGCUGAGAGCUCACAUCUACCAGGCCAGAGGGAUCCUUGCUGCUGAUGAUAACGGGCUGUCAGAUCCUUUCGCAAGAGUUGUGUUUUCAUCCCAAUGCCAAUCCACCAAGCACCUGGAGGAAACCCUCUCACCAACGUGGAGCGAGAUGCUGAUCUUCGACCAAAUCUUGAUAGAGGGGAGCAAGGCCGACCUGAAGAACGACCCUCCCAUCAUCAUCAUUAACAUCUUUGACUAUGACAGCUUUGGAGGACCUGAGUUCCUGGGCCGUGCGUUUGCUGCUCCCUGCAUCAAGCUGCAGGAUGAAGCUUACGUGAGACCUUCACUGAAAUUUCAUGACAUUUACAAGGGGCGAGCUGCAGCUGGCGAACUCCUGGCUGCUUUUGAACUGAUAGAACUGGAUUACAGUGGGUUUGGUGAGCCUUCUCUCCCUGACGAUGUGGAGUCCAAAGAACCAGAAUUUCUUGAUGUUCAGAAGGACCGGUUCAUUGUUCCCAAAGCAAUUCGUCCCAAACUGAAGAAGUUCAGGAUUGAGGUUCUCUUCUGGGGCCUUCGGGACCUGAAACGAAUAAACCUUUUCGAAGUUGAACAACCUCAAGUGACAGUGGAAUGUGCAAGUCAGAAAGUGGAAUCUGAAGUCAUCACAAAUUACAAGGAAAAUCCCAACUUCGAUGUGCUGGUGAAAUAUUUUGAAGUGGAGCUGCCGGAGGAUCCCUACCUUCACCCUCCGCUGAGCAUUUUUGUGAUGGAGCGCCGGGCGUUUGGCCGUGUUGUCCUCGUGGGCUCCCACACCGUCACCAGCCUCCUGAAAUUCUCCCCAGGGGAGUUGGAAGAGAAGACAGAAUCUGAAGAGGUUAAGCAUAUAUCCAAGAAAAAGAAGUUGUCAAGUCCAGUCACCAAUUCCGAAGGUAAAAUUGAAACUAAAAUAACUGUUGACCAGGCGGCGACUAGCUCCGACAAUAAGAAAAAAACACUUGAUAUUCUCAAGUUGCCAAUGAAGAAUCUUCCCUUGAAAAAGCCAACAAUCCUGAAGGAAGAGCCGGAAGAAAUUGAGGAGAAACUGGAGUUGGACGAGCUUGACUGGUGGUCAAAGUACUAUGCCUCGCUAGAGGAGCUUCACAAUAAGAGCAAAGAACUUGAUGAGGACGAAGAUCAUAUUGAGCCAGAUUUGUCAGCUGAAAUGGAGGAGAGAGAAGAUGAAGAGAUUGGGGUGGUCGAGGUUCAGCCGACACGGCCCAAAAACACAAUUGCAACACUGAAGAUUUAUACCUCAGAGUUAGAGAACGAGUUUCAUAACUUUGAGGAUUGGCUGUACAUCUUCCCACUGUACAAGGGGAAGGCCAACGAAGACGAGUCGUGGGAGAGUGCUGAAGAGCGAACAAUGGGGAAAUACAAGGGUUCCUUCAUGGUCUAUCCAACCAACGAGGCAAAGGGUGAUUUUAAAAUACUGCAGGGGAUUCCCAACAACAGGCCAGUCAAAGUUCUUAUCCGAAUUUAUGUGGUGAAAGCCACCAAUCUGGCUCCGGCUGACCUCAAUGGCAAGUCCGACCCCUACAUCGUGGUCAAGGUUGGUGAGCAUGUCCAAGACAGCAAGGAACGCUACAUUCCGAAGCAGCUGAACCCCGUCUUUGGAGAAGAGUUUGAAAUUACGGUGGAGUUUCCGUUGGAGACUGAGCUAACGGUCUCAAUCUUUGACCAUGAUAUGGUGGGAAAGGACAAUCUGAUCGGGGAGACAAAGAUUGACCUGGAGAACCGUUACUACAGCAAAUACCGGGCGCAGUGUGGGCUGCCCAAACAGUACGACACUCAAGGAUACAACGCAUGGCGCGACAGCCUGAAACCCACUCAGUUACUAGCGAAACUCUGCAAAGGUUUAGAAAUAAUGGACAUUGAAUAUAGGCCGGAAGAAGUGAAGGUCAACAAUAAGAUAUUCAAGAUCCCCAAUGACCUGCUGCCCAUCGUUGACAGUAAGAAAAACCCCAAGCAGGAAAUGAGCGACGAACUCAAGGCCCUGUACGUUCUGCAGCACUGGAAAGAAAUGCCUGUCUAUGGGGUGGAGCUGUUAAUGGAGCACGUGGAGAUGCGCUGUCUCUAUAAUCCCAGCAACCCUGGCCUGUCACAGGGUCAAGUUCACAUGUGGGUUGACAUGUUCCCUGUUGAUUUGCCUGCUCUUCCGCCAGUCAAUAUCAAACCACGUCAGCCAGUCAGCUAUGAACUGCGGGUCAUUAUCUGGAACACUGACGAUGUUGCCCUCGAUGAUGUGAAUCCAAUUACAGGAGUCCGAUCCAGUGACAUCUACGUCAAAGGGUGGAUAAAGGGGAUGGAACAGGACAAGCAGGAGACAGAUGUCCACUUCAACUCGUUGACCGGGGAGGGAAACUUCAACUGGCGCUUUGUGUUUCGCUUUGACUACUUGCCAACAGAGAAAGAGAUUGUUUACAAGAAGAAAGAAUCCAUCUUCUCCUUGGAGGAGUCGGAAUUCCGCCAGCCAGCCGUCCUCAUGCUCCAGGUCUGGGAUUACGACCUGAUUUCUGCGAAUGACUUCCUCGGAUCCGUUGAACUCAAACUGAACAACAUGGCAAAGCCGGCAAAGACAGCAGAGCAGUGCACGGCCAAGAUGGCAAAGGAUAAAGGCAGCCCCCAGACCUCUAUCAUCCGGCAGAAGCGCAUGAAGGGCUGGUGGCCGCUGAUGAAGGUGAAGGAGGAGGAAGAUGAGGAAGACGAGGAGGACAAUAGUAAGAAAAAGAAAAAGAAGAAAAAAAACAAGAAGAAAAAAGUCAAAAUCGAAGACGUGCAGUACAGCGACAGUAGUGGCAAUGUUUAUAUCCUGAGGGGCAAGGUUGAAGCUGAGAUGCAGCUGUUGACGUUGGAGGAAGCGGAGAAGAAUCCUGUUGGUCUUGCACGUAAGGAACCCGAACCUUUGGACAAACCCAAUCGCCCCAACACAUCUUUCAACUGGUUCAUCAACCCUCUGAAGUCCUUUGUCUAUUUCAUUUGGAAGAACUACAAGUGGUAUAUCAUUGGGCUCCUGAUUCUGGCUAUCCUGGUGAUCUUUAUUGUCCUGAUACUGUACACCAUGCCCCAGUUCAUCAGUGAGAAGAUCAUCAAUGGGUGAUAGAGUGGGACAAUCAGCCCGAGUAUUUAACACUGGACACUAGCCACAAGAUUUCCACUGGAGAACAAAUGCACUAUUUUAGCAGAAGACAAUGUUUUCUUUCUUUGCACCUCAAUCUGUGAGACAAUUAUAUCAGAGUAACAAAACUACAGAUUAGGAUUAAGCUGGACGGUUUAUGGAGGCACAAACACCAACAUGAAAUAAUGGGCCAAAUGGCUGCUACUGUGUUAUAUUUCUAUAAUGUGUCUAUUGUGCUGAUGCUGGUUCUCCCACUGCAACUCUCUAAUCUAAUCUUAUUCCCCUGCUCUUUCCCAAAUGAUUGUAAUAUUGCUCAUGUAUUUAAUCUAAUAAUUUGAAACCAAAAAAUAGGUCACAUAUAUAGCAUUAACCUUUCUGUUCUGAUGAAGGCAAUUCCUGAAAUAUUAGAAUCGUACAAAUUACAGCAUCAGUGUAUAGGAUAGAACGGGUGGCUCAUGUGGAGUACAAUGACCUACAUGGGUUACUUUGGCCAAAUGGCAAGAUUUGGUACUGUAGAUACUAUGUAAGAAUAUCUUUCAGAAACAAACAAGUUUAAUGCCAAUUUUCUUAUUGUUCCCCUUUAACAUUGUUACCAAUUUCACAAUUGUUGUGAUAGUUUGUGAUAGCGACAAGUGACACUACAUCUUUGCUAACUCUCUAAGUGAAAGUGGUCCCUUGAGAUAAUAAGUUUCGGACUUCGACAUUGCUAACACCUGGUGUUAAUAAAGGCCCGAAUAAGUAUAAGAAACUUUCAAAUAAGAUUGUUGUUUACUCUACAGAGUCACACUAAAGAGGCACUUUACUGAAUUACACACAACCUUUAUAUUUGUAAUGUCAUAACCCUUUAAUUCAAUAUGUUUUGCUUUUUUAAAAAAAAAUUAAGUCUGAGGGUUACAAGCUGCCUGGUAGAAGGUGUUAGUUGGAACCAUUGCCUCCCUCUCACAAAGCACUGAACUGGCUCUCCCACAAAGCCCAUUGCAUCUAUCCAGCUGAUCCCAAAGUAAUGCAGGGAAUAUUUGAAAAUUCAGCCAAGUAGAUGAACUCUUUAGUAUUCUGAAAUCAAUGCACUUUUCCAAUAAAGCAGAACUUUAGGAGUUGUUUAUUCCAAUAGAAUGUUGUAAUAUGUGAUCCAUCAUCAAAAUGUUUGGUUUUGCACGAACUUCGAUUCAAAAGUUGGUUGUAUUCAUCUAUUGGUAUGUUUUGAUCUAUUAAUGUGUUGUGUAUUUUGAACAGUGCUGCACUUAAAGUGUAUACAUUGAAUGUAAAAUCAUGUAAUAAAUUCUGUUAGCAGACAA